AUGUAUCCCCUACAAUAUCUUCAGCAUCAUUUGGAGCCUUCGCACGACUUCCGGGCUAUAAAUUUGCAAGGACACUCCACAAGAGCAAUGCUCUCAAUACGGAAGCAUGUGUUAGGGUUCGGGUUGGUGCUGAUAUUAAUGUUGCUGUUUCCUGCUGGACAAGCCACUCCAAUGAAAAGCCGUUGCCUACAAUUCGGCACAACAUCCACAACCAACACGCAACAGCAGAAUGGGCAGGACUUUGUUGACGAUUACGUAAGCUACGACGACCAACCGGAACCUUCGGAUGAGCCAGUUUUCGACAAGAAUGUUUCUACAGUCGUCACAUGCUCUCGGACGGCACCAUAUUGCUACACGCUCUGGACAUUCGACACCGUCAAGAAUGCGAGCCGAGUUGUUGUGCAAGGUUGCUGGGGUUCGACAGACGAUCAGGAGUCCUGCAGUAAUGCGGAAUGUAUUAGUACGACCGAAACACCCACCAAGCAUUUCUUCUGCUGCUGCAGUGGCGAUAGCUGUAAUGGGAACUUCAGCUAUCUACCGCCCCCUACCACGGCCGACGGGUUAAGUAUGCCGGAAGAGAACGAAAACAUUACGCCAUUUGCGCCGUACACUUCGAUCUGGAGUUCGCCGACGGUGUACAUCUGCUUCGCAUUACUCGCCAUCAUGGUACUCGGAAUCGUGGGCUUUCUGAGCUGCCGCCAGCUACCAAAGAAAGGUGUUGCUGAGCUGCUGGAACACAUGGAACCGUCCGGUCCGGGAUAUAGCUCGAAUCUCUAUAACGUCGAUAAUCUGAAGCUUGUGUCCAUGAUCGGGCAGGGCAAAUACGGAACCGUUUGGAAAGGUAUCGUUAACGAACAGCCAGUUGCGGUGAAAAUCUUCGCUGCCCAACAUCGCCAGUACUUUCUCAACGAACGUGACAUUUACACGGUGCCGCUGAUGGAAUCUCCUGCACUUUUGACAUACUUUGGGUCUGACGAAAGACGAACAUUGGAUGAUCGUAUCGAAUAUAUGCUGGUACUUUCGUUGGCACCAUUGGGUUGUUUGCAGGAUUGGUUAACGGACAACCGUGUGCCAUUCAGUACGUUCUGCCGAAUGGGUAAAUCCAUCGCCAACGGGUUGGCACAUCUCCACACAGAGAUCCGCAAAGGUGACCUGCUCAAACCAUGCAUCUGCCAUCGCGAUUUGAACUCUCGCAACAUUCUCGUCAAAUCGGACCUGUCCUGCUGCAUCGGCGAUCUCGGUUUCGCGCUGAAAACGUUCGGUGCACGGUACGAGUACCGUGGAGAAAUAACGCUCGCCGAAACGAAGAGUAUCAACGAGGUUGGCACGGUACGUUACAUGGCACCGGAAGUACUAGAGGGUGCCGUGAAUCUACGCGACUGUGAAUCCGCCCUCAAGCAGAUCGAUGUGUACACGCUGGCACUAGUGUUAUGGGAGCUGGCAAAUCGCUGCGAAGAUUUCUAUCCCGAAGGUACAACCGUGCCGGAGUAUCGGGCACCGUACGAAGAGUAUGUCGGUCCCAAUCCCAGUUUCGAGCAGAUGCAGGUUCUUGUAUCCCGCAACAAAGCGCGACCUUCGUUCCCGUCACACUUUGGCGCAAGCCUGGUGACGCAGAUCGUUCGCGACACUUGCGAGGAUUGUUGGGACCACGAUGCGGAAGCCCGACUAACAGCAAUGUGCGUACAGGAGCGGCUACAAGAGAUUGCCCAGAUAAACCCUAGCGCAAGAAGCAUGCCGGUGCGGGCGUGCAGCCACGACGAUGGCACAGCGUUGGAGAAGACCCAACUGUAUCAGUUGGAAAGCGAUGGCCCCGCGAUGGUGGCAAUGAUGGGUCAACUGCAUCAACGGUACAGUCCGGACGGGACGAUCGCAUUCAUGACUCCACCAAACCAGCAGAUCAUUCCUCAGCUGCCACCGGCCGGCUAUAGGGACGAUACAACCGGAUCGUACAAAUACGGCAAGCUAUCUGGCGGUAACAUCUCAACAACGAACAGCGGUGCACCGUCGUCUCAGUCCGAUGAAGACGAGCAGCACACCGUGCGCAAAGGACAAGCGCCAUUAAUUCAGAAGGAAGUGCCCUUUGCAAGUGGCCCCGGUAAGGGUCUUGGGGGCAGUGUGAAGGUAAUGCUGCAGAAAACAUUCCACAAAAAUCAUCAGGGAGGUGGAAACAAUCCCUCGCUAAUGGGUCGUGGGUACGAUGGCACCCAACACAACUGUGACGAUGGUGAUGAUCGUUCCAAUUUGGUAGUGGUAGUCGAAACCACCGAUCCAUAUCCCCAGCAACGGAGUGCCCUGCUUUCGCAGCAGGAGAUUCUAAUGAAUCACCACAACAACCAGCAACAGCAUAUGCAGUGUGCCAUGGAGCGACCGACGAAUCUGGAUCUCGGUAGUACCGGUAAGUACGAGAGUAACUUACUGCUGCACGAACCGCAACAUUCCGUUGGAACCAUUUCCACCGCCGAUGCUGCCGGUAAUCCACGGGACAGGGUAGAACGAUACGCCAAGGCGCUGGCUGACGCUGAUUUCGCCCGACAGUCGUUUGCCAUACUGGAUGAGGUCCGUGACGGCGGAGGUAGCGUGGACAGUAACUGCACAGUAGCAGCGCCCGUUCCCGACGACACACACCAGACGUUGCGCAUUGUUGUUUCCAAAUCGGCGAAUGCGAUGCAUCCGCACAAAGGUGGCGUAUACGCACGACAAGGGUCGGGAAGCUCAUCGCCACCACCGUUCAUGGACGAUCGAUCGCUGAAAAGACAACGGUCGCUGGAAGUGUUCCAGGAGGUGUUCGGUCCCAAGGGUAGCAUCGAGCGUCUGCGUAACCCUAGCCAGCGCGUCAAGACACCCGGCGAUGUGCCGCCCUCGGUACGUAAGGUGCGUGCGUCAAAGACGCUGUCGCUCUAUGACGAUCGCAUGAUGACGGCCACGGUAGCAACCGGAAACCGUUUAGCAAACUCAGUAUAG